AUGUGUGGUCCAUGCCCCGAUGGAUUUAGCGAAGAGAAUGACAAAUGUGUUGAUAUUGACGAAUGCAGCGAGGAAAGCUCAUGUCAGGACGCGUGCAACAACGUAGAAGGAAGAUUUGUUUGCAGUUGUACCAUUGGCUACCGCGUUGACGUAUCCGAUCAAACUGCUUGUACAGACAUUAACGAGUGUGACGAAGGUCUAGAUAUCUGUCCACAGCAGUGCAUGAACACGGACGGUGGUUACAACUGCUCUUGUUUCCAUGGCUUUACGUACAACGAUACCAUUGACAGUUGUAUUGCUGACGCUGUUCAAGAAUGUGAGAUGUCGUCUUGUCCGGCCCGGUCUGUGUGUUAUUCAAACAAAUAUGGUAACCCAGAUUGUCUUUGUGAUAAAGGAUUUGAUUUCAAUAAUUCAGCACAGACCUGCGAAGACAUAGACGAAUGUAAACAAGGAGUCUGUACCCAGAUUUGUCGUAAUAAUAAUGGUGGAUACGAAUGCUCGUGUCAUCCUGGAUAUACACUUCUUGCUGACAGAACUUGUCAAGGUAACGUUCUAGAAAGAUAG